GUUCCAGGACGCACGCACGCAGUAUACGUGUCCGAAAACACGGUCCACCUUUUUGAAGUGCGUAUUCCGUUGCGUAAUUCGUCUUCUUUUACUGUCAUGACACCAACGGAUGUGGGUCUAGUCUGGUUCGUGUUUAUUUUUUAAAACGACACUCACGUGGCUGGCUGUGUUUAAUUGCAAUGUAUAUUGUUGUAAAGAAUUUGCUCUGCGAUUAGGUAUGUUUUGCGUUCCUAUACUAUAAUUUGCCCACAUAGGAAAAAAGUUGAAAUGUCCAUGAAUGAACAACAUUUAACCCACGAGGAUGGUAUAUUUUGGACCUCAAUGAGAGCAUAAUACAACACCAGAUAUUCACCGAUAAGAUUCAAAUUCACAAACAUUCGGCCCUUUGAGGCUUUGAAUUCGUGGUUUACAGUAGCCUCGCGCUGUCGAUCACCUGUCAAGGCGGUAUGACAGAUCUCUGUGAGGAUUUGAAAUAGACCGAGAGCAAGCAAAGGGCACGCCCAUCUUGAGUUUUAGAGCCAAUCGCAGACGUUUCGCGGGACGUAUCAUGGAACGUAUCAUUCCAUUCAGCUCCAGAGUCUGACAGCGUGAAACGGAGCUGGUCGAUUUUUUAAGUUAACGGAGAGAGAAGACACUGCAAAGGGGCUGCGCAAAAAGGAGAGCCAAGGAAAAAAGAAACACAGGGUUUGAGCAACUUGGGCAAAGUUUGUACGGAUAUUUUGGCACAAUACGACGACUCAGCAUAUCUGUACACACGUUCAAGGAGUUCAAGUUCCAAUGGACAGGCAUUUGGAGACGCUUGACGCACUAAGCAUGGAAUUAUUUCUGUAAUGUGGAUUGCUAUUCCCCUUCAAGAAAAUGAUAGUCUGCUUCAGAACAAUGUGAAAAGAUAUGCGUCCUGGAUUCUCGUGUUUCUGGACAUUUUGAAAAAUAUUGGCAACAGUUGAAAGGAAGGCAUGCGCAAAGGAUUUGCCCCAAACGUGGGACCAGAUUUGGACUAUCAGUCACCGGUUCCUUAUUUAGAGACCUUUUAGCAGUUCUAUUUUUGUUAUUAUUUGAGUUCUACACUUCAUAUUUGUUACAAUUACCACAUUGGUUUGUUGGAUUUUCCGCCGUCAUCUGCCAUUGGAUUUUCAACCAUGAACUUGAUUGACAGUUUGACGCUAUUAUUUUUGACGCUGUCAGUUGUCAAGAGUGCCCACAUACCGAGAGAAGAGGGGAGAGGUACAACCGACGUCGUCCCCUUCAUGGAGGUGUACAACAAGUCCCAGUGUCAGCCGCGGGAGGUGCUGGUGGAGGUGCUGCACGAGUACCCCGAGGAGGUGGAGAACAUCUACAUCCCCUCCUGCGUGGUGCUGCGGCGCUGUGCCGGCUGCUGCAGCGACGAGAAGAUGCAGUGCACCCCCACGUCCAGCCAUAACAUCACCAUGGAGAUUAAAAGAAUAAAACUGCACAGGCAGCAAAAUAAUUCAUUUAAGAGUUUUGCAGAACACAUCGCAUGUGAGUGCAGACUGCUAAAGACAGAAGUCAUAGAGCAAGAAAAAAAGCCCAAAGGAAAGCGUAAAGGCCAAAAGAGAAAGCGAAAGAAAAACCGCGACCUAAAGAAUCCUGACGCUGUGUGCGAGCCGUGCUCAGAGAGGCGAAGGAAGCUGUUUGUCCAGGACCCUCGCACCUGCCAGUGUUCCUGCAAGCACACAAACGAACACUGCAAAGAGCGCCAGCUAGAGCUCAACGAGAGGACCUGCAAAUGUGACGCACCCAGGAGAUGAGGCCGGAGCACCAAAUGUUCAAGAUGAAGGAAUAUUUUUGAAAUAUUUCACAGCACAGCACUUUGUCUUUUACCCGUAAAUUUGCGGAAAAGGUUUUUUUUUUUUUCUCUGUUGAGAGAGCAUUCCCCCUGGACUGACCGCCUGAGAGCAACCGAAAGGGACUGAACGGACUGAAAUCUCUUGCCGUCGCAUAUCUGUGUGUAAAUACCACGAUAAACAAUACAUCAUUUGUAUGCUGCUAAGAAAACAAAUAACUAGACCUAUCCGUUUUUUUUUUUGAAGAUUAUAAAGAAAAUGGCCGCUCUUCUGCAUUAUAUCUGUAACGAGGCUUUUAACGGACAUUCUGUGGUACGCCGGUUCAUUUUAUGCAAAUUCCUUCACUGGAUUAGAGGCUACUGUAGAAUAAAUUUCGAUCAUGAAUGACAUGGUGAAACUGAGGAGUAUGUGGGAGCGCAAUCAUUCAAAAUGGCGGAUGAUUUGUUUCUUUUUGUUUCUGCCGUACAACUGUCGCUAGAACCGUCCGCUCAGCACCGAGAGACAGUCGACGGGGAUCUGUGCCUCAGAGUGGACCGAGCCCUUAUGAAGUUAUGGAGCCUGGCGUGGAUUAUGAAUGAUGCUUUGCCAAUGGUUGCUGUGUAGGUAAACGCUACACUAAAAAGGAUCAUUUGGAGUGCCAUAUACUUUUAAAGGGAAGUCUGUUAUCAUGAGAGCAUUUACUGGCACAUCCAAUGUGAAAACCACUGACAACAUCCACCUAUAUAUAUAUAUAUAUAUAUAUAUAUAUUGUAGUUUUGAUUCCAUUUCGCAAAAACUGUGUUCACAAAAACGUACUGAGAAAAUCUUCUUCAAAAUGCUUCUUAAAUUAUUUGUUUCGUUGUUUCGUUGGCACAGAAGACGGUACAUUGGGUGGGUGACCAGACAGUCAGGUGGCUCUGAAGUUGUGACGUAAAUGCAUCGACAACAAUAACAGAUCGUCUUCUCCAUACUGUACAUACUUUAUAUUCCUUUAUGCCAUAGUCCAUCGUAGAUAAUUUAUAUUGCUAUAGAGUAUUUUUUUCAGUAUUCCCUCUUCUACCUUCCCAUAUUUAAUUGGAUCUAUUUAUAUAUGCAGUGUUAUGUACCAACGGUCCCCCCUCCCCUUAUCUCCCCAUGUCUGUGAGGUCAGUCAUGGCUAGCAUGGAGACGCCAUGCUUUUGUAGAAAAGAAAAAAACAACAUGUUAACAUUCCCUCCAUGAAUCCUUCGUCAAGAUGGCGUCUGUUUUUUGUUUGUCACUCAUCCAAGGGUGUGGAUGCGUUUUUGGUAUUUGAAACGUGUGUGCGUGUGUGUGUUUGUGUGUGUGUGUGUGUGUUUGUGUGUGUGUGUGUGUGUGUGUGUUUGUGUGUGUGUGUGUGUGUUUGUGUGUGUUUGCGUGUGUACGUGUUUGUGUGCAUGUUGAAAAAAUAUCAAGCAAUGCUUUUAAGUUGCCCUCGACGCCCUAUUGGACACAAGCAUAAUCUACUGUUAAAUUCUGCAUUUAAAUAUUAUGAAAAAGCAAAACUUUCGGAUUUGGAUGGUGGAAAAAAACAAAAAACUGCAUAAUCCGUACCACCAGCCAUUUAAAUUAGGGUCAUAAUGUUUUGAUUAUUUUUCAUUAACAUUAACAUGUUUGUCUUUGUCUAUGUAAAGUAGUACUGCAUAUUUAUUUUCAAAUUAUAUUGUUUUAUAUAAAAUAAGAAGAAGGUUGCUAUGUUUUAUUGUGACGGCUGCAUUUUUAAGACAAUAAGUCGCAUAUAGGUCUGAUUGUGGUGUUCGUUAAGGCUAAAGUGAUAGGCCUGUUGUAUCAUUAACUGUUACAUCAAUGUAUUCUCUAGUCUCACAAUGUGUUGACAAUGUUUUGAACCUGAACUGAAGAACACUGAGAGGUUGCUAAAUCGUUGGCCAUGUUUGUUUUGAAACAAAUUUCCACUUAGCCGUACAUGCUAAAUGCUUACUGAUGGAUAAGCCACUGGAGAGGGCUUUAAUGCCACUGUGUUUAAGACCCGCUUCACUGACUCUUUAUGUGCACCUGAAUAUGUAGCAAACCAAAUCCCUAUAAACCGUGGGCCCCCUUCACUCGGCAAAACACUCCAAAGAAUGCCAUAAACCACAUAAUCUGUGGUUUACCAAGAGCUAGCUAGUGCGCUAGCCAUAGCCGCGUGUCUGUGGCUAUGUAAACGUUAGCUAACCUUGGUCAGCGAGCGUACAUGGACUUCACUGUUGAUUUAGCAAGUCUAUCUCUGCACACAAACAGAGUGGAAUGCUUAUCCUAUUGAUUAAUGUGACACUCAGUGCCUACGAUUUGUUUUAUGCCCAACCAACAGUGAUGUUAAUGUCAAAUCAAAUAGUUUAUAUCUAGUUUUAUUUCAUAAAUGAUAAAUUUGACGUAUUCUUCGUAAAAGUGAAGCAAGAGAAAACACAACUGAGAGAUUUAAUUUCAUGAAAUGAAUAAAUUUGACAGACAAUUAGGUAACUAGGCCUACAUUCACGAUGCUUAUUUGGGUUGUUUGUGUGGGAUUUGUGUAUGUGAUAGAAGGUUGAGUUGCAUAUUUCUUACAGCCUACCCCUUCCCUUUCAUCGCUAACUUAAAAUAGCCUACCUUUUCAAACGUGAACCAAAUGGCACCUCAACACUCACCGUACCUCCUCUCGGCACGCAUCACUUUCAUCAACCCGUUUGAUUAAUGAUGAGUGCUCACUUAAUCUCAAAUUGGGGCGCAGUAUGGUAGCCUGGUUUAUGUUAAGUUAUGUGCUGCAUUAUGGGAUUCAGCAUAGGCCCCUAUUCUUAUCCAACACAGUCUCUUAGGAAGCUCGUUUCUCGAUUGUCACGAAAAUAGGUAGUUUACUUUUCUUGUUCAACAAGUUAGAAUAUCGAUGAUUUCAAUUCCUCUAUGUAUGGCCUUUAGACAGUGUGUUUUUAUUAAUCAGCUUUUUCUUUGGUGAAGUGAGCAUAAUUGAGGAGCUGAAUGGGGCGAGUCAUUACAUUGGUGUUUGUUCCCACUGUGUAGAGCGUCGUGUGUACCGAGACAUCAGUGGAAUGAAGAGUUGUGUGUGUGUGUGUGUGUGUGCGUGUGCGUGUGUGUGUGUUUGUGUGUGUCAGUCAAGGUCAGAAGUUAAGUGGGACUCAUGGCAUUUUCGAAAUCAAGAUGACGUAAAAUAAAGGGUUAACUUCUGUAUUUUA